AUGUCCUACCGCAAAAACCGCAAGCAGCGUCGCUCUCAAGCGUUUCCAGAAGAUGAGGAGAACGUGAUAGAGCAACUUCCAGUGGUCGAGGUUACGCCAGAACAAGAACAGGAGCCACGUGGCCCCGAAGAUGCUGUGGAUGCUGCGGACGCGACAUCCGACAAGGAACGCGAGGUAUGA